CCCAAGAUGGCGUUUGUCUGAAGAUGUUUCGAUGGCAGUGUCGUUUUGGCGAAAAGUAACUUGAUAUCCAGUUAAACUGAACCAUGAGAAGUUCUGUGUGUCUUCUUAAACCUGAACUAAAUAUUAACUUCAAGAUAUAUUCUCGUUUUUUUUUUUUCUUCUACAGUUCGUUAGCGUCCAAAGCUAGCGAUGUUAGCUUAGCCUGCUAACGGGGCCUUUUGUGUUUAGAAACAGUUUGUAUCAUUGUGUGAAAAUGUCUAAAGUCCAAAUGCUGAGAGCGUUACUGAAGCAGAGACUACCUGCAGAUGAUGAAGAAGAGAUAUUUGAGCUGUUUGAAAGAACAACAGUAGAAUACGAGGAGGAACUUUGUGGUUUAAAAGAAGAGAACGAACGACAAAGAAAACUACUGGAUGCUGCUUUUAACUGACAAAACAGAUGUACAGCAGCUGCUGGUAAAAGAAGCAGAGGUUGUCCCUCAGCAACAGUGCACCUCUAAUGUGGACCAGAAAAGGCCAGAACUCCAUCACAUUAAAAAUGAAGAGAAGGAACUGUGGACCUAUGAAGAAAGAGAGCAUCUUCAAGUGCCGAAGGUUAAUUCCUCCAUGCAUGCAAACGAUGAUAUGAAGCCUCAGUCCUCCUCAUAUUGCCAUCAGCUCAAAAGUGAGGAGAACAUGGAGGCUGAGCCUCUUACGAGUAGCUCAGCUGAACAGAUGAAAACUGAAGAUGGUAAAGAGGACUGGGGAAGAGCAGAACCAGUUGGCAAUUUGGAAAGUUAUUUACAGUCACAUAGUGAUGCUGUGGUUUCGCACUCUGCUAGACCUGAAAGUGAUGUUAAUUGGGAGGAAUCCAAGGAACCUAAAUCAAGUUUAAACUCCCCAAAAAAUGAGAUACUCCCUGUUUGUGAUAACAGAUGUAAUGCUGGUCUUAAAACAUUUAACCCAGAGUCUGAUCAAAGGAUUGUUCACAAGAGGAAUCUGAUGAGACACAAUGGAAUUCAUACAGGAGAGAAACUAUGUCACUGUUCUGAGUGCAGUGAAACAUUUAACCGAGACAGCAAUCUGAAGACCGAUAUGAUGGUUAAUAUGGGAAAGAAAAUGUUCAAAUGUUCGAAAUGUGGAAAAGCAUUUAGCCAUAAGGGUCAUUUGAAGAGGCAUAUGACCACCCAUAGAAAGACUUCAUUUAAGUGUCCUGAGUGUGGGAAAACUUACAGAAUCAACCAUCUGAAAACCCACAUGCUAAUUCAUACAGGAGACAGACCCUUUAGCUGUUCUGAGUGUGAAAAAACAUUUUACAAUUCAAGUAAUUUGAAAGCUCAUCUCAGGAUUCAUACAGGUAAAAGACGCUUUCACUGCUCUGAGUGUGAACAAACAUUUAACAGAAACAGCAAUCUGAAAAUUCAUAUGCUAAAUCAUACAGGAGAAAGACCGUUUGGCUGUUCUGAGUGUGGAAAAACAUUUAACACAAAAGGACGUUUGAAAGCCCACAUGCUGAUUCAUACAGGAGAAAGACCGUUUAAUUGUUCUGAGUGUGGAAAAACGUUUAACAAAAAAUGUAGUCUGAAAACCCAUAUGCUAAGUCAUACAGGAGAAAGACCCUUUCGCUGUUCUGAGUGUGGAAAAACUUUUAAUCAAAACAGUCUUUUGAAAAUUCAUAUGCUAAUUCAUACAGGAGAAAGACCAUUUACCUGUUCUGAAUGUGGGAAAAAAUUUAACAGAAAUGACUAUCUGAAAACCCAUAUGACAUUUCAUAAAGGAUACAGACCAUUUUAUUGUUCUGAAUGUGGAAAAGCAUUUGUCCUGAACAGUCACUUGAAAAGACAUAUGAACACCCACACAGGGUCUGGGACCCAUUGAACGCUGUAAAAAA